ACGGCACUAAGAGACCGGCACUAAUAUCAUCAGUAAUAAUUUAAUAUCAUCUGUAAUAAUUUGAUAGGCCCGCUGAUCCAAUUAGGCCAGUGACUUGAGGAGUUGCAUUAAUAACGUCAUUAGGCGCCGCAUCUCCUCCGGAAACUUCGGCGGCCGCCGCCAAGGACGACAAAACCCACCUGAGGAUUUCGAGUUGGAUUGCCUUUCCUCCUCCUCCUCCUCCUCCUCCUCCUCCUCCUACUGCUGCCUACACCGCCGCCGCCUACGCCUACGCCUCCUACCACUACUCCUUCUCCGAAUCCUCUUCCUCCUCCUCCUCGACGCCGGCGGUGGUCCUUGGAGGAGGUCUACUCAAGUAGAAGGCAAUUUUCGGGGAAGGUGUGACCAGGUGGUUCGGCGGCCCCACUCCCGGCCGGGCUCCAGAAGCCAUGGACUACGCCUACUUGAACCAGGCGGCCGCGGCGGGCUUCGAGGCCUCGUCCUGCAGCAUUGGAGGCGCCCUGGGAGGGUCCAUGGACGCCUCUCACGCCCCUUACACCUACGGAGACCUCACCUCGUGCUCACAGAUGCCCUCCGCCUAUAGGUACACGGGGGCAGGUGUCAGGGGCUACAAUUCCGGAGUCGGAGUGGGCGUGGGCGUGGGAUCACAGCAGUGCGGGGUGAUGGGGCGCCCGCAGGAUCACCGCGCCAUGUUCCCAGCCUCCGUCACGCCUGUCAAUCUCCAAACUGGCCUCGGUUACAAGAUGUACGGCGGACACGAAGGCGUCCUCUCAGAGAAGAGGAAGCAGAGACGCAUUCGAACUACUUUCACGUCCGCACAACUCAAGGAAUUAGAAAGGGCUUUCCAGGAAACACAUUACCCAGACAUCUACACCAGGGAGGAAAUAGCCAUGAAGAUCGACCUGACGGAAGCUAGAGUACAGGUCUGGUUUCAAAAUCGUCGUGCCAAGUUCCGCAAGCAGGAGCGCCUGGCACAGCAGAAGGCACAGCAACAGCAACAGCAGCAGCAACAGCAGACUUCCAACAACAACAACAACAACAAUGAGAACAGUAAUGGAUCGACCAACACAGCUAAUUCUGCCUCCAGUCCCAGCACUGCCACCAAUGGACCAAAGGUUGAAGGAGGGAAGAGCGGCGCUCCAAACACAAGCGGCAGCAGCGGUAGCUCCAACACCAAGGACCUCCACCAAUCAGUCUCCAACAUGUCAGCCUCCACCUCGACUUCCCCCAACACAGUCGUCUCCAACACCGCUUCCUCCACCACCACCCUCCACCAGCUCGACCACAAGCCUAUCGUGGGGAAACUGGAGUCGUCCCCCAAAUGGUCGUCGGCCGCCCCGGCGGCGUCAGCCCCAGCAGGAGGAAACGGCGCCGGGGGCUGCAGCUCCCCACUCACCGCCCUUGAGAGGCCUUCGUCCUGCCCUUCACCCGUCCCUCUCACCACCCUCACCGCCCACUCCACCCACUCGGUCCACCACGGCGGCAACGUGGGCGUCCACACCAGCAUGGGCGGCAUGCAGCAGGGCCACCCCCCACCACCCCCAUUCUCGCUGCUGAACCACACCGUCAACAACUACAUGCUGCCCGACCCCACCAAGAGCAACCUCAUCUCGCAGCUCUUCUGAA